UUCGCUUUCCUCCACAUACUGCAGGUUCAGAUCGAUUUUCGAAAGGUGACUAUGGCGUCUCUGAAGGUCCCUGCUCAAGUUCCUUCUCCGUCCGAGGAUGCUGAGCAAUUGCGGAAAGCUUUUGAGGGGUGGGGAACAAAUGAAGAUUUGAUAAUAUCUAUCCUGGCCCACAGGAAUGCAUCUCAGCGUAAGUUGAUUUCUGAAACGUAUGCAGCUACUUAUGGAGAAGAGCUUCUUAAAUCCUUAGACAAGGAACUUUCAAAUGACUUUGAGCGAAUUGUGUUGCUGUGGGCCCUGGGUCCUGCUGAGCGUGAUGCAUUUUUAGCCAAUGAAGCUACUAAGAGGAUGACUUCCAACAAUUGGGUUCUUAUGGAAAUUGCCAGCACUAGAUCUUCACUUGAUCUGUUUAGGGCAAAGCAAGCAUAUCAAGCCCGUUUUAAGAGAUCCCUCGAAGAGGACGUUGCUUAUCACACAUCUGGGGACUUCCGCAAGCUGUUGGUUCCUCUUGUGAGUACAUUCCGUUAUGACGGAGAAGAGGUGAACAUGACAUUGGCAAAAUCAGAGGCAAAAUUGCUUCACGAGAAGAUUGCAGAGAAGGCUUACAAUCAUGAGGAAUUGAUCAGGAUUAUAACGACAAGAAGCAAAGCACAGAUAAAUGCAACACUCAACCAGUACAACAAUGACUUCGGGAAUACUAUAAACAAGGAUCUGAAAUCCAGUCCGGAAGAUGAAUAUCUGAAACUGUUGAGAUCUACAAUUAAGUGUUUAACCUUCCCUGAGAAGUAUUUUGAGAAAGUUUUGAGGAUGGCUAUAAACAAGACGGGAACCGACGAAUGGGCCCUUACUCGAGUGGUGGCUACUAGAGCUGAGGUUGACAUGGAGCGAAUCAAAGAGGAAUACCAAAGAAGAAAUAGCAUUCCUCUGGACCAAGCAAUAUCCAAGGACACUUCUGGAGACUACGAGAAGAUGCUUCUUGCAUUGAUUGGUCAUGGUGAUAAUUGAAAAUACUUUAUCUGUUCAGUAGUCAUAGGACUGCUGGUCAGGUUAUAAACCUUCAUUCCCAUCGUCUGCUAGUGAAUUUUCCUGUGGGUGUCCGAACGUUGGUAUGACUUGGUGGGUCCUCUCUCUGAUGUGCGAUGGUCCUGCUAAUGGUGUGCUGGCCUCGUGUUUUACUUUUGCUCGUCAUCAAUCAUGGUGGUUUAGGAGAUGUUAACUUCGAAUAAGCAGACGGCGAAGAUACUUAUCCCAUAUUUUAACUGUAUGACUCUAUAUUAUCCAUCAAUCUAUUUUAUGUAGUCCAUGAAUACCAUCAGGCUAAGAAUUAAAAUUUAAAACUUAAGCUA